AUGGAUGGUGAUAAUGUUAAGCGACACACGGUCCCAUGGCAGCAGAUUCUUAUGUUUUUCACGCGCACGCAGGCCCCACAUGAUUGGGCUAGCCCACACUACAGGUUUUCCAAACGCCAGCGAGCGGCAUGGGCCACUUUAUGGAGACUAGCCCAGGCAGAGAUUAGUGCCUCACCCAUCGUAGGCCAGGGCAGAGCAGGCCAUUCCAACGCCGGCCAGGGUAGGGCAGGCCAUUCUAACGCCGGCCAGGCCAACAUAGGGCAUUCCAACACAGGGCAGGCCAACACAGGCCAUUCUAACACAGGCCAUUCCAACGCCGGCCAGGGCAGUGAAGACCUGAUUAGUUCGGACCAAAGUAGUAUGCAUUCAGGAAGUGAUUCCGAGGACCAACGGGACCAAAUCACUAGUGAAUCUCCCUUUCAGCUCACUCCCCUUGACUCCGCCUGUCUAGAUUUUUGUAUUGAGCUAUUGAACCACCGAACUAAGGUCGAGGACUAUGAGAGCGCGCUUAUCUGUGCUAGCGCGGUGCUUGGACGUGGGGAGGUAGGCUGGGGCACUGCCUAG